UUGAUUAUGAUACCACGACAUCAAGUGACCGACACACGACAGCACGUAUUAUUAGCACCAAACCGAAAACGUUUGUAUCAGUUUGUAUUCAGUCCUCCGUUAACUUUCACGCGAUAAACAUGUAGGUAAUCCACGAAGUUUAUUACUGACGUAUUGUUUUACUACGCGAAAUAAAGCCGCAAAUACCUACAAAGUGAAUUGCAACAACGUGUGAUUUAUUAUUGCCCACAAACCAAUAUCAUUAAGAGAAAUAAGUAGAUAAUUAUUUGACAAUUAUGGACCUCGCAAAAAGACAACACAUUUUCACCUUCAUUAUUGUAAGCUUUUUAGUAUUCAAAUCAUCCGACUGUGAUAUUAGAGUAUCUACCCAAGACUUAGACGUUAGGAUUAAUGAAAAUACUUCGUUUGACAUAAUCGUAUCUGAUAUACAACUAAACAAUGUAAAGUUGAACAUACUUGUAGAACAUGACGACAUACUCAAAGUAUUUCCCAGUACCCUAUUUUUAAACAACAAACCUAAUAGUACAACAAAAUAUAGCAUUACUGUUAAAGGCACCUCUGCAGGAUCUUCAGAUGUGUAUACUAACAGUUCAUACACACAUCUUAGUUUAUCCGAUGUUUUUGUCGUUGUAAAUGUAUAUAAAAACAAAGCUUUGGAUUUAGCAUCAAUAAUAAUAGGAUGGACGUAUUUCGUAGCCUGGUCAAUUUCGUUUUAUCCACAAAUAUAUAUCAACUUUCGUAGGAAAAGUGUUGUUGGUUUAAAUUUCGAUUAUGUAGGGCUCAAUAUUGUGGGCUUUAUAAUGUACAGCAUCUUUAACUUGGGAUUAUACAUAAUUCCGGAAUUACAAAAUGAAUAUUCAAACAGGUAUCCCAGAGGAUUAAAUCCAGUUCAAAUAAAUGAUGUAUUUUUUUCGGUGCACGCUGUAGCAGCAACCUUUGUGGUAAUAGUGCAAUGUUUUAUUUAUGAUAGGGGCAAUCAGAAGGUGUCGUUUACAGCCAGAACAAUUUUGGGAGGAAUUGCAGUUUUCCUUGGAGUUUCUGUAAUAUUAUCGUCGGCAAACGUUGUUCAUUGGUUGGAUUUCGUUUAUUUUUGUUCUUACAUUAAACUGGCGAUUACUUUGAUAAAGUAUAUUCCCCAGGCUUACAUGAACUAUAAAAGAAAAAGUACAGUUGGAUGGAGUAUUGAAAACAUUCUAUUAGAUUUUACCGGAGGCAUUUUGAGUAUGCUGCAGAUGAUAUUAAGUGCAUACAAUUACGACGAUUGGGCUUCUAUUUUUGGUGACCCCACAAAGUUCGGCCUUGGUCUGUUUUCGGUCCUCUUCGAUAUCCUGUUUAUCCUGCAACAUUAUGUCUUUUACUAUCGCACUAAUUAUGAAGAAAAGAGUUAGUAAAAUUGAGAUCUUACCUGUCAGUUUUUCAUAUUGUUUAUGGGCAAAUACUUAAUUGAAAUUAUUCAUUGAACAUUUUCUUGUAAACUGAUACCACAAACUAUUUAUUUACUUUGUAAGUAUUGUAAACAGAUAUAGCAAAAAAAUUAAAUAAAUGUUAUGUUAAA